ACGGUCCUUCGUGACACAAAGAUGCUGAUGCUUCAGACUCUUUGGGAGCACACAGCAUGUGGGAGGUGCCCACCCCGUGCCACUCGGAGCAGCGCGAGGCUCAAUGCUGAUGCGUGAAUCAGCGCGAGGAUAGCGCGAUACGAUACAUUCAGCUUGACGGCGGCGCGCGCGUAUUUGUGGCGAGACUGGCUACUCAGCGUCGGGUUUUGGAGAUUCGCUCUUAUUUAUUCAGGCGACCGGGAAGAUCUGGUUCCGCUCGGAUGCGCGGUUCACUGAGCCUGAGGAAGGGACGGGACUCGAUGUAUCAUAAGUAAGGAUCAAGAAACCACAGAGAGGACACCCUGCAUUUCUGAUUGGAUUUGACCGUACCAAACUAAAGAUGAAGUUGCUAUGGAAACUGCUGCUGCUGCAGUCAUUCAUGGGGGGGCUUACAGGCAAUACUCUGCAGAGCCCUGUGUUUACGAAGCAACCGGGCAGCAUUGUGUUUCCAGUAGACUCCAUGGAGAAGAACAAGGAGGUGGUGUUCAGCUGCGAAGCUCAAGGUCACCCGGCUCCCUUUUACAGGUGGAAGCUAAACGGAACCUUGAUCAGCCCCAAACCCGGAUCUCACCACAGCCUCACUGGAGGCAACCUUCGCAUCACCCAUCUUAACAAAGACGAGGACGCUGGGACCUACCAGUGCCUUGCAGCCAACUCCUUUGGGACAAUCGUCAGCAGGGAGGCCAGUCUUACCUUUGCAUACUUGGAAAACUUCAAAACUCACAGGCGGAAUUCGGUGUCUGUCAGGGAGGGGCAGGGGGUGGUGCUACUCUGUGGUCCGCCCCCUCACUCAGGAGGUCUGACGUUCUCUUGGAUCUUUAACGAGUACCCGUCCUUCGUGAAGCAGGACUCCCGUCGAUUCGUGUCUCAGGAGACGGGGAAUCUUUACAUUGCUAAAGUCGAGCCAUCUGAUGUUGGCAACUACACCUGCGUCGUGACCAAUACCGUCACCAAGACACGCGUCCAAGGCCCGCCCACUCCUCUCAUUUUGCGCACUGAUGGUGUUAUGGGAGAAUAUGAACCAAAGAUUGAAGUACAGUUUCCAGAAGUUGUUCAGGUGGCCAAAGGUUCAACGGUUCGACUUGAGUGUUUUGCAUUGGGGAAUCCGGUACCUUCCAUAAGCUGGCGUCGAGUGGACGGAGUCCCGUUCUCCCGUAAAGUAGACGUGAGAAAAACCAGCGGCGUCAUGGAAAUCCCAUACUUCCAGCAAGAAGACGCGGGCACGUAUGAGUGUGUCGCGGAAAACACGAAAGGUCGAAAUUCUGUGCAAGGAAAGCUGUCUUUCUUUGCUGCUCCCCAGCUAAUUGAAAAGCCUCAAGAUGUGCAGAAGGCCAUUGAAGAAGCUUUGAUGUGGGAAUGCAAGGCCACGGGGAAACCCAAACCGUCCUUUAGAUGGAUGAAGAACGGAGAGAACCUGGAGCCUACUGAGGAGAGGGUCCAGGUCAUUAAUGGGGCCCUGUCCAUCACCCGCUUGGCGCUGUCGGAUGUUGGAAUGUACCAAUGUGUGGCUGGAAACAAGUACGGCGAGGUUUAUUCCAAUGCUGAACUCAGAGUUAUCGCUGUCGCUCCAGAUUUCUCUCAGAACCAGCUGAAGAGUCAGACUCUGGCGAGGGAAGGCGGCGAUGUACUGAUUGAAUGCAAGCCCAAAAUGUCUCCGCGUGGAACCAUCUCCUGGCGCAAAGGCAACGACGCCCUCAGAGAAACCAGCAGAGUUGCUAUUUUGGAAACUGGAGCCCUUCGAAUAUCCAAUGUCACCAAAUCAGAUGCUGAGAUGUACACGUGUGUCGCCCGUAACCAGUUUGGAGUGGCCAGCAGCUCAGGAAACCUACUUGUUAAAGAACCGACGAUUAUUACGAGCACCCCCUCCACGCUGGAUGUGACAGUGGGCGAGAGCAUUAUUCUACCCUGUCAGGUGUCCUACGACCCCUCACUGGAGCUCAAGUUUACCUGGUUCUUCAACGAGCAGCUCAUUCACUUUGGCAGCCACGGAGGAUACUUCGAAAAAGUCGGAGGACAGCACUCAGCAGGUGACAUUAUGAUCCGAAACAUUCAACUGAGGCAUGCUGGGAAAUACACAUGUGCUGUGCAGACCAAGGUGGACAGCAGCUCUAUUGCAACUGACCUGGUUGUUAGAGGUCCCCCCGGUCCCCCUACCAGCAUCCAUGUGGAAGAAAUCACAGAUACCACCGCUACUCUCUCCUGGAGGCCCGGUCCUGAUAAUCACAGUCCAAUUACUGCCUACACCAUCCAGGCUAGAACCCCUUUCUCACUGGGUUGGCAAGCUGUUAGCACAGUGCCGGAGGUAGUGAGGGGCUCACAUCUGUCGGCUACAGUAAUCGAGCUCAAUCCCUGGGUGGAGUACGAGUUCAGAGUAUUGGCAAGCAACGCGGUGGGCACAGGGGAGCCCAGCAAACCAUCAAAGAAAGCACGGACGAAAGAAACCCUUCCCAAGACCACUCCAGCCAAUGUGAGCGGAGGAGGUGGCAGUCGAUCCGAAUUAGUCAUCACUUGGGAGCCUGUUCCUGAAGAGCUCCAGAACGGAGGAGGAUUCGGUUACGUUGUGGCUUUCAGGCCCUUUGGCGCCACCGGGUGGAUGCAGGCGGCUGUUCCCUCUCCUGAAGCCUCUAAAUACGUCUUCAAAAACGAGACCAUCUUGCCCUUUUCCCCUUUCCAAGUCAAAGUGGGGGUUUACAAUAACAAGGGGGAAGGACCUUUCGGACCCGUGAUCACCAUUUAUUCUGCUGAGGAGGAGCCCGGACGAGCACCUACCCGACUCCGAGCCAAAAGUCUUUCGGCGUUUGAUGUAGAGGUGUCGUGGAAAGCCCUUCCUUGGAGCACGAGCAAAAAACGCGUUAUGGGUUACGAGUUAAGAUACUGGGAGAAGAAUGAGAAAGAAGAUACAGCUAGCCUAUUGAGGACGGUGGGAAAUCGGACACUGGCUAUUAUUCAAGGACUGAGGGGCAGCAGUACAUAUUAUGUAAAUGUACGGGCUUAUAACACUGCGGGUACAGGACCACCAAGUCCAGCAGUGAAUGUCACCACAAAAAAGCCUCCACCCAGCCAACCUCCUUCAAAAGUCAUGUGGAAUACUUCAAAUUCCAAAAUUAUUCUGAACUGGGAACAGGUGAAACCUCUAGAAAAUGAAUCUGAGGUCAUGGGCUAUAAGGUCCUGUACAAGCGCAACAGAUUCAGCAGACCCAGCGUCAUGGAGACCAACACCACAUCUGUGGAGCUCUCACUUCCCACAGAUGAGGAGUACAUCAUCCAGAUCAAACCGUUCGGAGAAGGCGGAGAGGGCAGCAGUAGCCGACAGAUCACCAUUCCCAGAAUAUCAGGUCCCAACGCUAUCGGCUCGGCGUCCAGCGUCUCCACGCUCUCAGCGCUCAGCACAAUAGCUCUCUCCCUCACAGCUCGAACAUCUUUAUGACAGAACACAGCGCGGGCCGCUGACUCCAGACCAGACGUUCUUCCCGCAGAGAAGACUUUGAGAAAACGGACUCAGAAACUCACAUUGCAGAGGAAAAACCUUGAGAUGGAAAUAAACGGGUGUGGUUUGAAGGUGAAUCGAAUGGGACUGAAUUUGAUGUUACCAAAGCAGCUUUUAAAAAAAAACGAGUGAGAGAAAUACGUCACGUGCUUCUUUUGUAUGGACGACAUAUCUAGCUUUUUACUUUGUUUCGUUGAGACGUCCGUUUGUUCCUAUAACUGUACUGUACGCCGGGUGUGUAGGAACCGCUUUAGAUGCAUGUCACGUGCGAUGUUUUGUAAGAGAAUGUUUGAACCUUAACCGUUUAAAGCGAGACAUAUUUGGCCGAAAAAGAACUUAUUUAUGGUGACGGUCCUUGAGAAUCUCCGAGGACUAUUUACUGUUUACGACGUGGGAAUACUUGCACUGAAAUCACGACAAAAUGGACACGAAAGCUGCUACGAAGCCUAGGCUGACGUCAUCGGAGUUGUCUUCGUCACCUUCUUUCUUUCUGGUCAGCGGCAAACUUCGGCGGUUCGGUUGUGAUUCCCAUCAUCCUCUGCUUCUCUGUUGUUUUGUAUCGCAUCUUUAGCUCUUUGCCUUGUGUGUGCCUGUGCUCUGUGUUUUAAAAUCCUCAGGUCCUCAAAAAAGCCUUAAUACAUAUUUCUUAGCAUUAACUAGUUAAGUGCUGGACGCCAGGACUGCGGUUGGAUAGUUCAGACAGGAGGCCGGGGUCAUAGUCAAAUCGAAAUUUGGUUUCAGGUCGGGGUUUGUAGUAGGUAAGGAGUUUAUUGCUUCCAUAUUCCAUAUUAUAACAGUCGUAUGCUGUUAUUCAUUGUUUGAAGGCAAUACAGUGUGCGUGUGUAUGCUUGUGUGUGUGUGUGACCUCUACUUAUGUAGGGGCUAGGCUCUGCAUUUUUUUUUAAAUGCCAUGUGGGACCGAUGCGGUAAAGUAGCUUGUCAUUUAUUGAGGUGCAAACGGUAGACGUACUGCUUGAAAAGGCACGCGAUCCACGACUGAGUGAAAACAACGUACAUGUAAAUGCUUUUUGUAUAUUCCAGAUAAUUUAUAUUUAAGUGGACAACGUCAAACAAGUUUCCUACGAACUCGUCUCGGUUUAUACCUAAAAGAAUAGACGUUUCUUAGCUUAAAAGUGGCUCUGCAUGUGGAUGUAUUCAUUUCCAUCUUAAUUCAUUAGGUACUAACUGAAAAACCUUUGACGGCGGAUGUGACGCAGUCGUUCAUUUCUGAAGAUUUGUGUAUUGGUGUGUCUACCAUAACCAACUUUCUCGAAACCAGUGCUUUCCAUUAAACUUCUUGGCUUUGUCAGAGA